GAGAGAGAGAGAGAAGGGAAAGAUCAAUUGCACUGUGUGAUUCAGAGAGAGAGAGAGAGAGAGAGAGAGCGAGGAUGUCAGGCUGGGACGAGGGCGCGAUCUUCUACAGCGACCAGGCGCAGUUCCCCCGCGGCGGCAACGGCGGCGGCGGAGACUCCGAGCAGGGGGCGAGCCGCCACACCGUCCUCCGCAAGUUCAAGGAGUUCAUCCGGAGCUAUGCGCGCAAGGAUCAGCCCAACGUCUUCCUAUACAGAGAGAGCCUCGUCCAAAACCCUAAGUUCCUCCUCGUAGACCUCGCCGAUCUCUGCAAGUACGACAACCUCGACGAACUGCUCCGCGCUUCCCCCACAGAUUACCUUCCCCUGUUCGAAACUGCGGCAGCUGAAGUUUUGGCCAGUUUGAGGUCGAGAGUUGCUGGAGAGACUGGAGAAAUGGAGGAGCCCGAGACAGGGGAGGUGCAGAUUUUGCUAACUUCUGAUGAGGACCCGGCAUCGAUGCGAUCUCUUGGGGCACCAUAUAUAUCAAAGCUGGUCAAGAUAUCUGGCAUUACAAUUGCUGCAUCGAGGACGAAGGCCAAGGCAACUUAUGUGACUUUGUUGUGUAAGAAUUGUAAAAACGUGAAGACUGUUCCAUGCCGUCCAGGGCUUGGUGGGGCAAUUGUGCCACGUUCUUGUGAUCAUAUCCCUCAGCCUGGAGAAGACCCUUGCCCGCUUGAUCCAUGGAUUGUGGUUCCUGAUAGAAGCAAAUAUGUUGAUCAACAAACUCUGAAAUUGCAGGAAAAUCCGGAGGACGUGCCUACCGGUGAGCUACCAAGGAACAUUCUCCUUUCUGUCGAUCGUCAGCUUGUGCAAACAAUUGUACCUGGUACAAGAUUGACCAUAAUGGGGAUUUACAGCAUCUUUCAAGCUUCAAAUUCGUCCACAUCCCACAAAGGAGCAGUUGCAAUCAGGCAGCCUUAUAUAAGGGUUGUUGGGAUAGAAGAAGCAAAUGAUGCUGAUUCUCGGUGCCCUGCAAACUUCACAGCAGACGAGAUAGAAGAAUUCAAAAAAUUUGCCUCAGAUAGCAAUGCGUAUCAGAAUAUAUGCUCCAAGAUUGCUCCAUCAAUUUUUGGCCACGAUGAUGUGAAAAAGGCUGUGGCUUGUCUUUUGUUUGGAGGAUCAAGAAAGUUUUUGCCGGACGGCGUGAAGCUAAGAGGUGAUAUAAAUGUUUUGCUUUUGGGAGAUCCGUCAACUGCUAAAUCACAGUUCCUCAAGUUUGUUGAAAAGACAGCUCCAAUAGCUGUAUAUACUUCAGGAAAAGGCUCAUCAGCUGCUGGUCUUACUGCUUCUGUAAUUCGAGACAACAGCUCUCGUGAAUUUUACUUGGAAGGAGGAGCUAUGGUUUUGGCUGAUGGAGGUGUUGUCUGCAUUGAUGAAUUCGACAAAAUGAGACCAGAGGACCGAGUUGCUAUUCAUGAAGCCAUGGAGCAGCAAACCAUUUCCAUUGCCAAAGCAGGAAUAACAACUGUUCUAAAUUCUAGAACCUCUGUGCUGGCAGCAGCUAAUCCUCCAUCUGGACGUUAUGAUGAUCUCAAGACUGCUCAAGACAAUAUUGAUUUGCAGACUACUAUUCUUUCGAGAUUUGAUUUAAUCUUCAUUGUGAAAGAUAUCAGGCUGUAUAGUCAAGACAAGAGUAUAGCUAGCCAUAUAAUCAAAGUUCAUGCCUCUGCUGGUGCAACCACGAGUGACACUAGAGUUUCUAAAGAAGAUAACUGGCUGAAAAGGUACAUACAAUACUGUCGAACUGAAUGCAAGCCCCGUCUCUCAGAUUCUGCCGCCACAAAGUUGAAGUUGAGUUAUGUUAAAAUUAGACAGGAUAUGAGGCGUCAGGCAAAUGAAACUGGGGAGGCAGCUGCAAUACCAAUAACAGUGAGGCAGCUGGAAGCUAUAGUAAGGCUGAGUGAAGCACUUGCAAAGAUAGAACUGUGCCAUGUUGCAAAUGACAAACACGUCGAUGAAGCUAUCAGGCUUUUCAACAAUGCCACAAUGGAUGCAGCAAGGUCAGGAAUCAAUCAGCAUAUAAAUCUUACUCCUGAGAUGGCAAAGGAGAUAAAGCAAGCAGAAACCCAAAUAAAGAGAAGAAUGGGCAUUGGAAGCCAUAUAUCAGAGAGACGGCUGAUUGACGAGCUUGGCAGGAUGGGAAUGAAUGAAUCCAUUGUUAGAAGAGCUCUGAUAAUCAUGCAUCAGAGAGAUGAAGUUGAAUACAAGCGAGAAAGGCGUGUUGUUGUUCGUAAAGCUUAAUCCCUAAAAAUGAUUAUUUUGUUAGGAUGUUUACAUUGGGUAGGAUCAAGCUGAUCUUCAUUUGUCAUUCUGCGGAAGCCAAUCAACGCCGUACAGGGGACAAUUUCAUAGCAAUCCCUGUUGCAAGUUUCCAAUUUAUUGGGCACUGAAGGUGGUUUGAUGGCUAGAGAUUUCGAAAGUAAGAGUUUGUAUAACUAGGAAAUUUUUCCUGUGUACCUGUCAAGGAGCCAGACCCUGAUUGAUAUUCUUAUUGACUUAGUUCAAACUUCAAAGCCAUAAUUAGUGUUUGAUUUGAAUAUUUAG